GCCAGAUCACCACCAAUUUCCUGAAAAAAAAAUGGGAAAAUCUUAAGCAAAAAUAUAAGGAGCUUAUAGCCCCCCCGACAGGGGUUAGCACAGAAGGGGGGGCGCCCACCCCAGUCACCUGGAAGUGGUUCGACCUCAUGCAUGAGGUCCUGGGGGAGUUGAAGUCAACAACUCCCCCAGUCCUGAUUGCCACCAAGGCGGGUGGCCAGGUGUUGGUGGUGGGCACCCCCCCUGCUACCGUUAGGGUAGAGGAGGAAGAAGAUGAGGAGGAGGAGGAGGAUGGAAAGAGAGGUGAGAAGAGAGGGGGGGCGUCUCGAGGGGAUGACACCCCUGUGAAGAGAACCUCCACCACGUCCAAGCGCCGUAAGCUUGACGUGGUGGGGGUUCUAGAAGAAAUGAAUGAGAGAGAUGAGGAGGAGUGGAGGAAGAUGAUGAAGGAGGAGCAGGAGAGUGUGAGGAAGAGGGAGGAAAGGAAGGAGGAGGUGGAGGAGAGACGCCACCGCGAACUUAUUGCGAGGCAGGAGGAGAUGAUGGCCAGAGAGGAGCGGUGGAGGCAAGAGAUGGUGGCGAGGGAGGAGAGGAGAGACAGGGAGGCAGCAGCGAGCCAGCAGCAGGCUGCUGCCAGAGAUGAGCGGCUGUUGGCCAUUUUGGAGGCUCUGGCCAAAAAAUGACUCUUUCAGUUUUUUUGUUUUGUUUUUGUUGUUGUUGUAACAUUUGAAAUUAAUUAAAUUGAUUUUGCUUUCA